GGAUGGAAGGGAUGGGGUUGGUUCAGAGGUCAGGCCGGCGUCACGUGUCCGCGGGAGUAGCCGGGGUCAGAGGUCAGGCCGGCGGCGGAGACGGCAAAAUGGCGGCGGCCGCGUACGAGAGCCUGAAGCUGCACACAACGCCAGAAAAGUUUUACUUUGAGGCUUGUGAUGAUGGAUCAAAUGAUGUGCUCACAAUCGACCGUGUCUCUAAUGAAAUCACCCUUGGAGUUAAGAAAGAUGUCCCUCCCUCUGCAGUUACCAGAAGUGUUUAUGGAAUCAUGGGAACAAUCCGCCUGGUGGCAGGCAUGUACCUUAUAGUUAUUACCAAAAAACAAAAGAUGGGAGAAUUGUUCAAUCAUGCUAUUUGGAAAGCAACAGAAUUCAACAUCAUUUCCUAUAAGAAGACUGUGCUGCACCUAACUGAGAUGCAGAUGCUAGAUAACAAGACCUUCCUGGCAAUGCUCAACAAUGUUCUUAACACCGAUGGUUUUUACUUCUCCGCGACCUAUGACAUUACUCACACUUUGCAGCGGUUAGCCAACACUAGUCCAGAGUUCCAGGAGAUGACGCUGCUGGAAAGGGCAGAUCAGCGCUUUGUAUGGAAUGGGCACCUCCUGCGGGAAUUUGCUGCACAGCCAGAGCUUCAUAGAUUUGCUGUUCCAGUGAUUCAUGGCUUCUUGACUGUGAAACGUUGCAGCAUAAAUGGAAAAUAUUUUGACUGGACAGUUCUCUCCAGGAGGAGUUGUUUCAGGGCGGGAGUCCGGUACUAUGUUCGAGGUAUUGAUUCUGAAGGACAUGCUGCAAAUUUUGUAGAGACCGAACAAAUAGUACAAUACAAUGGUUAUAAAGUUUCAUUUGUACAAACACGAGGAUCAAUUCCCUUUUUCUGGUCACAAAGGCCAAACUUGAGAUACAAACCAAAGCCCCAGAUCAGUAAAUCCAUGAACCAUAAUAUACCUGGGCAGCAAAUUGCGCUCCAUAUGAUGGAUGGCUUUCAAAGGCAUUUUGAUUCGCAGCUCAUUAGUUAUGGGAAGCAAGUGAUAGUUAACUUGAUUGACCAGAAGGGUCCUGAAAAAUCCCUUGAACAGGUUUUCUCCAAAAUGGCUUCAAGCUUGGGCAAUGGGAUGGUUAAAUAUUGUGCAUUUGAUUUCCACAAGGAAUGCAGCCGUAUGAGAUGGGACCGGCUCCAAAUCCUUUUGGAUCGUGUAGCAGACCAACAAGAUGAGUAUGGUUAUUUCUUGGUGGAUACUGAAGGGAAGAUGCUGGUACAGCAGGAAGGAACUUUCCGGACCAAUUGCAUUGACUGUUUGGAUCGAACAAACGUGGUGCAAAGCUUGUUAGCACACCGCUCUCUCCAAUCACAGCUUCAGAGGCUGGGUGUUCUUCAUGUUGGCCAAAGAAUUGAAGAACAAGCAGAGUUUGAAAAAAUUUACAAAAACGCAUGGGCAGAUAAUGCGAAUGCAUGUGCCAAACAGUAUGCUGGAACUGGGGCCUUAAAGACUGACUUUACAAGGACUGGAAAGAGAACCAAAUGGGGUCUUGUGAUGGAUGGAUGGAACUCGAUGAUAAGGUAUUACAAGAAUAACUUCUCCGAUGGAUUUAGACAGGAUUCAAUAGACCUGUUCCUUGGAAACUAUGUUGUGGAUGAGGCUGACUCUUUAGCCUUAUUACAUGACCAGAAAGAGUGGAGAUUCCUAGCGCUGCCUAUAAUCAUGGUUGUGGCUUUCUCGAUGUGUAUCAUCUGCUUACUUAUGGCAGGUGAUACCUGGACAGAGACCUUGGCUUAUGUGCUGUUCUGGGGAAGUGCGAGCUUUGGAACUGCUGCAGUUAUUCUCUUCAAUGGCAAGGAGUUUGUUGAUGCACCAAAGCUGGUUCAGAAAGAAAAGAUGGACUGAAUUUGUACCUGUGGAAAGCAGCUUGGCCGCCAAGAUUCUGUCCAAAUGUGGAGGAUCUUCUGACCUGCUUUCCACACCCAGACACUGAGGUGUUUUUUUUUUCUACAAUCGAUUUCUAACGGUGGAACUAAUGGUUGUGAUCUGCAGUCGGAGUUGGAUCAUUGAGCCUUAGGCAUUAUAAACUUUCUCCUCUUUGGUUCUGGACAAUUUUAAGAACCACACUAGCGAAAUAAAAAGGAAAAGAACACCUCCUGCUCAUGCGAUCUUCCUAUUUGAUGUCCAAAAACAAAACUCGGGUGUUUCAUACAGGUUAUCGGUUCAAAUCCAGCAGGCCCACUUUUUUCUUCCAGUCAUCUUGUUUGUGUAUACCUAUAUCAUGAAAUAGAGACAGAACAGUAACAUAUUUGCAGAAAUGAGUUAUUGCUUCCAGACUUCAAGCUGUUGAAUUUAAAGUUUUGUAUAGAACAGCUUGGAUAUCAACUUGUUGCAUGACCUUGGUUCUUUCAGUCCAGUGUUUUAAGCUGAUGCUGCUUUCACAUCUAUCUGCAACAGAUGUAACUUUUAGGUAGGGGACUGUAAUUUACAUGCAAAACUGUACAGUGAGUUUUAGACAAAUAUGGAAUUUGUAUUAUGUUACAGAAUCAACUGUAUAUCUUGUUUUCCUGAGUUGUGCAUUAUUUUCUUUUAGUUUCAGUAUAGUUAUCAUAGCUGAAGUGUUGAAAUCUGCUCUUUUUUUAAUUUUUGCAUUUGCUUGAGCACCCCUUCCAAUUUAAGUAUUAUGAUAAUAUUUAAACAUUAACAAACUGUUGAAACACUCAGUGGAACAAUUUAAGUUUGUUGCUAUUAGUGAAAUAAUGCACUCAAGACUCAACCUAUAUUCCCCCAAACAGUGCCUAGUUUAUUGGUUCAUUUGUCUUUUUUUUAAACAUAUUUAAAUGUCUUUAAAUUGUCCAAUGAAUUGCAAAGGAUGCCAUCAGCCAUUUCACCAUACGUCUUUAUUGGCAGUGUGCAAAGCAGGAUUGAAACUAUAGCGGAGCAACGAACUUGCAAAAUGCCUUUAAACUGUUGUGCAAUCAUUGAGGUAGAGGGUGAUUCAAUCUGUGUAUUUUGCAAAUUGGGAACACAUUGUCUUUCCAAAUUGGAAUUGUGGAAUGUGUUGUAAGCAAUUAGGUCAGACAUUGGUGUAGGGGACCGGGGUAGGGAGCAACUUCUAUUUAUACGAGUGAAACUCUAAUCAGUUUUCAAACUCUUUCCAUUCCAUUGCCCUGCUCUGUAUUAUGUUUUGUGUUCCUUUUUGGAGUAACAAAUAAAUUGAAAAAGGAAUGAA